AUGGGGAGGCUAUCUGACGUCGCUACGUCGCUGGUACCACCGGAAGAUAUUGAGCUGCCGGUCGCCGCGUUCUCCUCCGAUAAUCACGGCUGGGCCUGGCACUAUUUCGCUCAUCUGCUCCCACACCUUUCCUCAUCAGCAAGCUGCCAUAAGUGUCCGUUGCUUGAGGAAACUCUCCUGUACGUCCUCCGCGAUUGCCCGGCUGCCUCCCAGGUCUGGCUCCGCUUGGUCCCGGUGGCCGCGCAACCGAGAUUAUUUUGUCUCCACUUCCGUACAUGGCUCACAUCUAACCUUUUUAGUCGCCCCUACGUCCUUGUGGAUGAUGACUCUUGGGAGUGUACCUUUGGUGUCAAUUUGUGGAAAAUAUGGGUCUGGAGGAACUCUUUGGUAUUCCAAAGUAGUGAAGUGGAUGCAUUUGGAAAAGUGAGGGACAUCCGAGCUUUUGUGCAUAGCAUAGUGCAUUUUGCUGAGGGGGCUAGGAGGGUUGGCAGUACCGGGCCUACGCGGGUCCAGCGUCUUGAUAUAGCAGGGGUCCUUUAUGGUUUAUCCUGGGGAUACGUGAGAUCCUUAGUCGAGAUUGGCAGCGGGGUUGUGGGGGCUCUUUCGGGGUCUUGCUUGACUUGGGAUAUGAGCUUUCGACAUUUGGAGGCAGAAGUACUUGAUAAUGCGAGUGUUGUGGGGUUUUAUGAAUCUUUGGGUGAUGCAUCGGGGGUGCACACGGGCCUCAUCUUGGGUAUCAACGACCUUUUAGGUCAUUCUUGGACGAUUAAGGUGAAACAUGUAUUCCGCAAAACGAAUUUUGCGACCGACCAUAUGGCUUCCUUCGUUGCGGACGGUUUGGUGGGGUACCAUGUCUUUCACGAUCCACCCGAUGGGGUACGACAGUGGCUUCGUCAUGAUCUUAUUGGCGUGUCAUAUUCGCGAAACGUUUGUGACUUAAACUCAUAG